AUGGGAUACCUAGACAAAUGUCCCACUGUACACGGCUGCUGCUGGUACGUGGGACUGCGCAGAGGUGUGAUUCUGAUCGCGUUGGUGGGUAUGGGCAUUGGCGCAUUGUAUUUAGUCGCGUACUCUAGGGCAGGCGCACGGCUACUCGUCUCGUUGGGAGCCCCUCGAGCCGUCAAAAGUUUGUCCACCCGCUACGUGCACGGCGUGUUGGGCGUGUUGAUAUUGGUGACGCACGCGCUGCUCCUGUCUGCCGGCUACUGCAGGAACAGGACUCUGUGCGAGUUGUACUCGUGGUCGACAAUAGUAGUGUGCGUGGGUGUGCUCGCCGUUAACUUGUUCGUGGUGGUGAGCUCGUUUCGAUCAGACCUCGUCACAUACGGGCUCGCAUUUAUGACGGUGGCGUUGUGCUUAAUGCUGUGGUCCGUGUACUCUGUCGUUAUUGUGAUCAACUUCUGGAAAACGUUGCCUGGGAUCCGGUUGCAGUCAUAA